GGACGCAGCCUCUCACCCGGCUGGGGAGAUGGAAUGGCUGAGCCAGCGUUGCCCAUCGCUGCCUGCUGCCCAGGGCUGCCCUCGGCCGGGCCGUGGCACCUUGCUGCUGGUGGUGAUUCUGUCCCUGCUGACGUACCCUGUGCUGAAGAGUUUCGCUCUUCAGCUGCACUCUGCCCUCACCGGCAGCUACAUCUCUGGGACCCACUCCAUUGCCUUCAUCAACUGUGUCAACGAGCAGAUUGCCAAGGAUAUUGCAAGGGCCAUCAUGGAUAAGAAGCUGGCUGCCUGCAUCAACAUCCUGCCAAAGAGCUCAGCCUUGUAUUUCUGGAAAGGGGAACUGGAAGAAUCCACUGAAAUACUGCUGUUAGUGAAAACAAGGACAUCCAAAAUAGGUGAAUUAUCCAACUAUGUCAGAUCCAUCCAUCCCUUUGAAAUUCCUGAAAUCAUCAGCCUGCCUAUUGACCAAGGAAACCCUCUCUACCUCAAAUGGAUAGAGGAAAGUGUGCCAGGGGAUUAAGUGGAAAAGCACAGAAAGCUCCUUGCUGUUGGGCACAGCAGGUGAAGGGUGCUGAGCAGUGGUGGUGUCCCUGUGCAGUCAGGAGGAAGGCAGACAGCUCUUGUCUUCAUGGAUUUGCUAUAACAGCAGCUUGGGAACUUUAAUUUGCAACCAAAACAUCUCCUCCUUGGCUUGAUCCUGUGCUCCAGGGAGCACUGAGCAGCACAGAGGUGCUGGAGGCCAAAGUGGGGAAGGGCUACAUGCACUGAGGGCUGUGGCAGCAAUGUGGAUGGAGAUACACAGAGAUGCUUAUCUCAGGACACAGCAGCAUCUAGGGACUGUCUCAGGCCACCAGCAGCAAGUGUCAGCUAGUAGCCAUGGCCUGGCAUCUUCUGGCAGCCUCUCUAGCACUCUGCAUCCCCACAGCCAGUACUCAAGACCCUGCCUGGCCCCCUUCUCCCUCACAGCAGCUGUCACAGUAUGCUGCCCUGCUUUGUCUGGAGGCUGCAGAAUGUGACUGGGCACCCUGUGAUGCACUAGCUCAUGCCCUCUCCUGCUGCCAUGCAACAUGCUGCUCCAAGGCUUACAAACCCCAGGGAAACAGCAAACUGGAGAAGACACCACAAGCACUUACCAGGAGCUGCAAGCAGCACAUGACCCUUCCCUGCCUGCCCAUCC